AGCCAGCCACGCCUCCAAUUAAUAGCUUUCCUAAACAAACAAAGAUUGACAGAAGAUUAAAAGUCAAGGCAGUGGUACUGGUGCUAUAAACUAGCUAUUCAGGUGGCGAUGGAUGACUACUACUCCCUGCCCGUGCUCUACAGCCUGGGGCUCAAUGCUCACCUGGGGUUUCUGUGUCGGCUCAUAAACGAGACCAUAAUCUCUCCAACAUUAACAAGUGAUCUGCUCCCAAUCCAAAGUGACCACUUUAAGAAUAUCGAGCUCACCUGUGACGACGUGGUACCUGUAUUAGAGGUCUGCAUUCCCUGGCUGUGCUUAUUCACAAUCAGUCUAUCUCUGCUCCUCCUCUAUUCGGCGUACUACCAAUACGUGAUGGUGAAGAAACCAAAGGUUGUCUGUCACGACCCUGGACGUAUGGCAGCUCUAAAGAAGCACUGUCCUGUGUUCUUUGAGAAGUAUCGACUCACACCGUGGGCUCCUAAUGCAUACAUGCAAUCGAUCAUUAGAGUUGCUAUACAGACUUUCCCAAAGGAAGAGAGAAGACGGGAGACGGUGACAAUGAAGAGUGAUGAUGGUCACGUGUGCUUGGACUGGUUCAAUGAGAAGACAGAUGAACAACCAACUGUACUCAUGCUGCCUGGAAUCACUGGAAGUAGUAACGAGAACUAUGUUCGGCACUGGAUUAACGACAUGAAAGGACUAGGAUACAGGGCCGUUGUGUUUAACUACAGAGGUUGUGGCUACACUAAACUGUCAACUCCCAGAACGUAUGUUGGAUCAGACAUUAGUGACCUCACUGACGUUAUCAGCCAUAUCACAACCAAGCUCCCUAAAGCCCCACUGCUAGCAGUCGGUGCUUCCAUGGGAACAAUGCAGCUGCUCAAGUAUGUGGCGGUGUGUAAGAGGCAAGGCAAGACUUGUCCACUCAAAGCUCUCUUCCUGAUAUCCACCGUCUGGGAUCCCAUGGAGACAAACAAAGUGAUUCACAGUCCCCUCAAUAAGUACACUCUCAAUAGGCACCUGUGUAACAACUUCAAAGAUGUUCUAAGAGAAAACAGAGCAGUUUUUGAAGAAAGUUCACAGAAAGGGGAACUAUGUUUUGAUUACAACAAAGCUCUUCAGUGUACGGACUUCCGCCAAUUCACAGAGGUGCUAGUCUUCCCCAUGUUUGGAUACAAAAAUUUCCAAGAUCUCUUCAGUGCUUGCUCUCCAACCGCACUGAUCUCCGACUUCACAAUCCCAAUACUAAGCUUGAACGCUGAUGACGACCCAUUCACACCUGAAUAUGUGAUUCCUGAAGAGGGUGCAAGGAGCAACCCUAACCUGAUCCUGGUCACCACGAGAAGAGGUGGUCACAUUGGGUUCAUGGAGGGACUGCUGCCUACCAACAAGAACCUCAUGGACAGAGCACUGAUACAGUUCAUCAGAGCCGUGUUUGAACACGAUGCUUUUGUCUGAUUACACAAACUACCAUGACAUUUUCGCACUUCAUAAUUAAUUAUGUGAUCUCAUAUUCAUAUUUUAGACACCUACAUGUAUUCCAAACUUUCAAUGUGACAAUUGUUGGCAUAAAGCAAAUUCUGAAA